AUGAUUGGAGCAGCCAAGGUUGAGAAGCGGAAUCGACCGCCCAAGUCCUGUGAGCCCUGUCGGACACGAAAGUUGAAAUGCAACAGAAACCAGCCUUGCGAUUCGUGCAUCAGGAGAAACAAGCAAUCGCUCUGUCAUUAUGCUUCCAAUGCCGAUAGACACGAUAAACGCGCCGAUAGAAAUGAAUCGGUUGCUGAUCGGCUCAAGAACCUAGAGAGUCUGAUCGCCACGGCGGCUCAAAACACACAGACACCAAACCCUGCAUCUUCUGCAUAUACCAAUGAGAACGCAUCUCAGAAGCAACCAGCCAGCGAUAAUAUCCCGCUUUCCGAUGUCUCCAGACCAGAGACUGUCGUUAGUACUGCUGACACCAUCUCGAGUGGUCUUGUCGGUCAAGUUGACUCAAGUCACUGGUCCUCCAUGCUUGAGAACAUCAGAGCCAUUCGCGAUGAUUUACCUGCUGAGAGCCCAAACACCUCAAAUAUCAGCUCGACUACCCUGAACAAUGACGUCUUGAUGAAUGAGGCCAACUUCGAUUUGGGUUCGCCUGAUGGCCUGACACUUGAGCAUAUCCUAUCAGCCGUGCCGCCACGACAGGUCUGCGAUACACUUGUGUCUGUGUUCUUCCUGUCACAUUACACUAUGAUGCCCAUUCUGCAUCCUACAAAGUUCCAACAUGAGUACGAAUCAUUCUGGGAGUCGCCAUCACAAACAUCACCUGUUUGGAUAGCACUGCUCUUGGCUCUCCUCAGUCUAUCGGCUGGCGUCUACGAAAUCUCAGGCAUGGCCCGCUCUUCCCAAUUCCCUAUCCCCUCCAGCAAAGCUCUCUCCAAGAAGACUCAAGAAUGUCUUCUCUUGAGCAACUACACCGCAGCCAAUGAACAUGCCGUUGAAGCCUUCCUUCUUCUUCUCGUUGGAUGCUGGCUCCGUGCCAAAGUCUCUGAUACUAACCUCUGGUUCCUCAUGGGCAGGGUCGUGCAACUUGCGAUUUGCAAGGGCUAUCAUCGAGAUUCGACAAAGGUACCAGGGUCCAGAAUCUCCCCGUUCGACGGUGAGAUGAGGAGAAGAGUUUGGGUCUGUUUAUACCAGCUUGAUUCUCUCAUGUCAUUCCAGAUGGGUCUGCCAAGCAUGAUACCAUCAGACUUCUGCGAUACAGAGUUACCGAGGAAUCUGAAGCAGUCCGACUUUUAUCCUGGUAUCGCGGAACUACCUCCGCCUAGGCCCCUCUCUGAGACUACGACUAUGUCAUAUGCUAUCGUCAAAGCUUCUGUGAUGGGGAUGUUCAAGAAGGUAGUCAAGCAUACUCGAUACGUUACCCCACUGUCCUAUGAAGAGACAAUCUCACUAGACGCCGAGGUCAGGGCUACCUAUGACAAGAUACCCCAUAACUUCAAGUACAAGCCUCUCACUAGCUUCAUUGUCGACGAAAUCAGCAUCAUAAUGAGCAGAACUACCAUAGAGCUACUUUACCUCAAGAGUAUCAUCGUUCUUCAUCGGCAAUACCUGACAGAUCGGCAAGACAGCAGGUUUGCGUUCUCAAGAAAGGCAUCCCUCGAAGCGGCGGAAAAGUUACUCGAGAGACAGGCUGAGAUAAACCAGCUUACUUUACCAGGUGGUUUGCUACAUGAUAAGAAGUGGAUGAUAACUUCGUUGACACUGAGUGACUUUACUCUGGCUGCUAUGGUUAUUUGCUUGGAUCUUACUGUUGCUAUACGAAAUAGUAUGAGAAUGGGAACCAAUACGGAGGAGGAAGAACUUCGCAAGAAUUUGAAGAUUAUCGAAAAGGCCCAUGGAAUAUGGUCCAGUUCGUCAGAGAAUUCGGAGGGACGAAUAGUUUCGCACGCUCUGGACUCGACUAUCCGGCGCGUAAAGGACUUCAUCAACACAUCAUCAGCUGCAACGACUACUCUCGGCUGGUCAGCUUCUACAGCAGAGACAGAGACACCUGACUAUAUAAUGAACAAUUUCGACAUGAUUGAUAGCAUCGACUGGAGCCUUCUGGAUAAUCAGAUCCAAGAUCCCAGCAGCAUUCAAGACUUUGAUCUAGAUAUGUGGCUUAUGGACACGGCUGGACCUCUGGAAUCAUUGUAA